AUGUCUACAUCUGGAGACUUUUCCGCGGAGGCUAACAUCACUGCCGGUCAGCCCCUCCAGUUACUUUACAUUAAUCCGACGGGAUCAAAUCCUACAGGCGCUGUCUUGUCGGAAAUCCGACGAAGGAAAGUAUAUGAAUUGGCGCAAAAAUACAACUUCCUGAUUGUUGAAGAUGAUCCUUACUGCUUCAUUCAUUUUCUGGAUAAACAGCCUACAUCGUUUUUCUCUCUCGAUACUGAUGGUCGUGUGAUUAGACUGGAUUCAUUUAGUAAGAUUAUGAGUGCUGGAAUUCGCGUCGGUGUGAUGACAGCUCACAAAGAUAUUAUAGCCAAAAUGCUUCUUCACAUAGGAUGCUCUACUCUUCACGCGUCAUCCUUAUCUCAAAUGUUUCUUUAUAAACUAUUCGAAAAUUGGAAACUACAACCGUAACAAUUUGAGCAGCAUUUCAAAGAUAUUCAAAAGUUUUACCGGGAGCGACGUGACAUGAUGCUGGCCAUGGUUGAGAAACAUUUAAAAGGUUUGGCAGAAUGGUAUCCACCGCAAGGUGGAUUUUUUCUUUGGAUUAAAAUAACAACCGUGGAUAACAUAUAUGAUUUAGUAAUUAACAAAUGCGUGCCUCAAGGUGUUUGUGUUGUUCCUGAAAACGCUUUCAAUUACGAUCCUUCAAAACAUGAUGUCGUGAGGCUUAGCUAUAGUUAUGCUUCAUUAGAAGAAAUAGACAAGGGACUGUCUAUACUGGGCAAAAUAAUACGUGAAGAAAUGCAA